AUGAGGUCGGCCGUCUCCAUCAUCGCCCAUUUCCUCUACAAACUCGUCUACUACUUCAUCUAUCUCGUCCUUCUCGCCUUCCUCAUUGUCAGUCCCAUCGACUUAAUCCGCCAGGCCAUCAUCACCAAGCAGAACUACAGCAUCCUCAUUGUUGCGCUCUGCUACCUCGUCACCAUCCUCAUCAUUGUCUUUAUCUACGCCACUCGACUGUACUACAACAAAGCGCUGCUCGACUCGAUUCCCAAGUCAUGGGUCCCUAUAGAGAAGGGCGACGUGCCCCGCGAUGUCAGACACUUGGUCGUUGCGGGUCUAAGCAGGAGCGCCGCCAUCGCGUAUGAAGCGAGACCAAGGCUGCCUUUGCCCUUGCUCCUAGGUGGUCCCGGUUCUGGGCCAGCUUCUGUCCCUGCAACAGCAAAUGCGCCGCACCUGAUAUCCCGAGGGCAAGAGGUUGAAAGGAAUGAUCAUGCAGGAGAGGAUGGAGAAGCACAAACCGAGUCAUGGAUAACCACGGCAGCGAGGGAAGCCUCGAAAGAAGCCGCCGACAGAUUCACCGGGAAACGAAGUCGCUGGAAGCCGAAAGUGCGUAGGGGAAUCAGUGCGGACACCAUCCAAGGUCGGGAAUCCGAGCUUAAUUCGACAAUCACGCGCCAAUCGGGCCAUGACGAGCUGGUGAGCAUCAACAUCGUGGCACCGCGUGGAGGCCCCCAUAUCUGGGGCGAGAUUGAACACCCUGGAUGGGCCUCGCCCACUUCGCCCGAUCUCGCGAAUGUGCAGUACGAUACGGUCAUUUGCGAAUUGCCGAAUUUGAUCGAGGCCAAGGCUAUCACCCUUGCACCGCCGGACCGGACAUCCGAAGGCGAGGAAGGUGAGGGAGAAGCAGGGAGGAUGGAACCGCCCCUACUAGACCCAGAUGCUGUGGCGCUGCUACAACGACAUGAGAGCAUGGGACUCCGCGAGUAUCUGACUAGUUUGACUGAACUCAGCGUGGUAGUCCCGUCAGAGGCCCUGAAUGAAUUCAUCAAGCUCUACGAGCGCGCUCGGUACUCAACUCGGCCGUUAUCGAUCAACGAGUUCAGACGGUUGAUGCAUGUCUUUGCGGAGGUGCUUAGAGGCAUGAGACCGCUUGAUCCAGUGGUAUUGGACGAAAUUGUCGGAGGAGAGUACGAGGAUGAUGGGGCAGAAGACAAUGAUCCGGAGAAUGUUCGUAACGACGGCACCGAAGAGGCCGGCAGUAAUGACCGCCGAUUUUUCUCUCCUUAUUUUCAGCAACAGCAGCGACCAUCACCUCACUCAUUUUACGAAAGCGACAUCGACAACGAUGCGCCCAGGCGAAGUUACUCUUCAGGCGAUUUGCGCAGUGAGCGCAGGGACAGCGGUAGCGCCAAUGGCAGCAUGUACCACGGUGAAAACGAACUAGAGCAUUACUUCGCCAGCCGCCAACAUCAACAUCGCCAGCCACCACCACCACCACUACCUAGAACACCAACACCCAAAACGCCCAAAAGGAGAAGAACGAAAGGCAAAUACGCCACACCCAGCAGCUCAUCAGCAACAGGCCCCAGCCCCAGCCCAGCCCCAGCCGACGCCAACAACAACAGCCUCCUCCGAGGAGGCCUAGACCACCACCACCCAACAAGUCUAACCCGGCAACAAACCAACUCCUCUUACUUUUCUUCCUCCUCCUCCCUCAGAAGCACGCACAACCACCUCCGCCCCGAAACAGCAAAAACAGCAAAGACUCAUUUCAGCACUCACCAUCAUCAUCAUCAUCACCAUCCUCGUUCCGCGAACCGCAACUCCUCGGGUACUUACUCGACCACGUACUCCUGGCAGCAACAGCAGAGACAGUUCCGUACGGCGCCGACUACGCCUAGGAGUGUUGCUGCGACGAUGGGGCAUACGGGGACGGCGACGACGACGGGUAUGGGAACGGGGCUGUAUAGGGCUGGGACGAAUGGGACUACUGGCACGGGUGGGACGAAUGGGUCGAAUGGAUCGGGGGUGAGUAAAUUGUCUUUGGCUUCGUCGUCGGGUUCUGCUGGUAGUGGAGGGGGCGGCGGUAGGAGUGUGAGGAGUGUGGAGAGUGCGGGAAGUAGUGGGAGUAGUGGGAGUAGUGGGAGUGUGAUUAGACUCGCGGGGAGAGGGGAUCAGACGGAUUUGCCGUAUGUUUUGAUGCCUGCUGCUAGUAUUUGA